CAGUAGCAAGCAAGCAAGAAAGGCAACCUGUUGCGUGUGUGACGCCGUGUCAUAUUUUCUUUUGUGCUUCAAUUUUAUUGGUUGAAUUCAUUUUAAGUUCGCUGUUUUUUACAUUAAUUUCGUGUACAAUCACUUCCAAUUUAUUUUGUUCUUAAUCGUAGUUUGUAAUGAUUUCGGAAACGAUUUUAUUUUACACGGUUUAUAGUGAUAAAUUUGGAAUCGAAUACGAAAAAGACUGAAAACAAGCUUGGAACAACAAACGAGUAUUCUGCUAAGAGAUGAACGUAAUGGCGACGAAGAUGAAGGCAUCAACAACCGAUUUUCUAUCAGGCGAUGGGAUUGAUUUAAACCCUCAAAAGAAAUUAACGAGCAUUAGUAGUCAAGAACAGGAUGACCUGGAUUUGCUUCUCAGUGAAAUUACCGUUCAGUUUGAUGACGAAGUGCAAACGCUGUACGUCGGCCCUGUGGAGAUUGUUGAUGAUGAUGACGACGACGACGACGACGGAGGUAAUGGCGGUGGCUGCAAUGUGCCUACCAGUAAGAACAACAAGAAAGUUGCUUUGGAACCAAUAACACCGAAAAAAGUUUUGGACUGCAUACAGAAGGACGAACCUUUGCCCACACUAGAGUCUAAUGACGACGACGGAGUUGAUGACGAUGGCUGCAAUGUGCUUACCAGUAAAAACAAUGAAGCUGCUUUAAAACCAAUAACACCGAAGAAGUUGUUGGACUGCAUACAAAAGGUUGAACCAUUGCCCACACCAGAGUCUGAUGACGUCACAAAAGGGGACGCUAGUGUCCAGCCGCUAGUUGCCACCGUUGCCACGGAUGAAACAAAUCAAGCGAACGCAGAACACCAAGAAAAACAACUACAGCAUCAGCAGCCGCUUCCCCCACCGCCAGAGGUACAAGAUGCUGUUGUGGGUGAGGAACCGGUUGUGGAGGCAGCAAUUGAUUCAGCAAACGACGACCGUCCCCAUCAUUUGACAGAAGCUGCUGUUGUUAUUGAUCCAAAAAAUGGAGGAGCAUCGCAGACGGUUCUCUGUGCAGAUUUGACUGAAUCCAAGGAAAAGGACAAACGCGAAACAAGCCCGGAAAAGGCUCCACCGGUCAUCGUAAACGUUACCACUCGCGUAACGAGAUCAGCCAGUUCUCCCGUUAAACCGCCGGCAGUCAUCACGCCAACCUCACCGCCAAACAUCAAGAAUAAAUUGUCAGCUGAGCCUGAAGAGCAACCGAAAUCGUCACCGGAACGUGCCAGCAAACGUUUGAGAGUGAAAUCUGAGCGAACUACAGGCCCGACCGCAAUAAAGGAAGAAAUCAAGCAACUCUCACCUGUAUUGCCUCCAUCUGCUGAAGAGGAAACUGCUGUCGAGCCUGUGGAAGCUGAAGAGUCAACGGAAGAGGAGGAAACCUUUCAAAAGCAAGAGCGUGAAGUGAUUAUUGAAGCGGAUCAACCGCCGCAAGAAGAGGACGAAGAAGAAACCCCGGAAGGAGAAUUAAUCGUUCCCGAUGUAGUUCCGCCUGAACAAGAAAACGAAGAACGAUUGCUUGAAUACAAUGCACCUUACAAUAAAGAAACUUCAUCUGCAGGCAGCGAUAGUGGCAUAGAAAACGAGACAACAGAACUGAACAAAGUUGUACUUCCGUCCGGGGAAGACGAGAGACAGGAAGUUGAAUCCUGUGCGAAAAUAGCAGAUGAACCAAUUGCAGAAGACAUUCCAGAAUCUGUCACAGACGCUGAAAACAGUGCACAGGUAAUAAUUGUACACGAUAAUACUCAAGAAAAGGGUGUAGAGGAAAGUGUUAAGCCAACUGCUAAGAGCGGUAUCAAAAUAAUUAAAUGCGCGGAAUGUGUGAUGACCUUUAAGAAAGAGCUGUGGUACAAAAAGCACCUAAUGAAUUACCACGGUAUUGAUUUGAGUAACAUUGCUCACUUUCUUUCAAACCUUCAAACGUUGGAUGAAGGUAUACAGGACGAAGACGGAAAUGGUGUUGAGGAAGAAUUUCAACAAUUCCAGCUGACAGACGGCGCACAUAGUUCAAACGAUAAGACUGAUGGCAAUCAUGAAGAAAUAGGGCAUAGCGGUCAGGAGCUCGAAGAGCCGGCCGUAAAGAAACUUCGUCGAAGUGUCCCAUCGACACCGAGUCCGGCAACAUUACAAAUGUACCCGGAAGUUAAGCUAUCCACAGUUAGUAAUGGAAAAACGAAAGCAGGGCGUCGUCGCAAGGACAAACUGAUUCCUAGAAACUCCGAUGCGGAUAUGCGAAUCAAACAUGAAUAUCACUCUGUAACGGUACAUCCCGAGGAACCCGCUGGUGGUUCAACUCACUCAUCACAGUUGAACAACGUAUUCGUUGUAACAUAUCUGGAACAGGCAGCUUUUGUGGCAGGAGGAGGGAGCACAGUUUUACCAGGUUCAAACAAAGAAAAUUCUAAAUCAUCCCCAUUCGAUCCACUUGAUGAUUUAACUCCCUUCGAAAGAGCAAAAAUUAUCGAAAAUGGAACCGAGGAUAAGCGGAUCUAUGCGUGUAGUAUCUGUGGUACUGAGUUUGACCAGCGCAUGGAAGCUCAGGAUCAUGUCAAUUACGUUCACAAGGACGUAAAACGACGCAGCUGUCCGCACUGUGGUCGUACAUUUACACAGACUGGCGAUCUGACACGACAUGUCCGAAUCCAUACCGGCAUCAGACCAUUCAAAUGUCCUGUUGAUGGCUGCAAAUAUGCUUUCAUUUCAUCCGGUGAUUUGCACAAACACGUGCGCCGGCACAAUCAGCUGGUCAAUCCAAUACCCAAACCGCACGUUUGCACAUCUUGCGGUAAAGACUUUGAACGGGGUUAUGAUCUCAAAAGGCAUAGCUCGAUGCACGCUAAGGAUGAUCCCAACUACCAGGGAUUCAACUGUGAACUAUGCGGAAAAACAUUUGCUCGCAAAGACCAAUAUCGUGCUCAUACAUAUCGUCACAUCGGCUACAAGCCACACAAAUGCACUCAAUGUUACAAGAGUUUUUCCGAUGCGAGCAACUACGCCAAACAUCUAAAAGUUCACGCGAUGGAUGGAAUGUCACUGAUCUGUCAUUUUUGCGACAAACCCUUCAAAAAUAAAAUGGCCAUCUCGAAGCACGUGUUUCACUGCAAGUAUAAACCAGUGAAACGAGAGAUUGUGAAGCAGGAAUCCUCGUAAAACUAUGAUUCAAUCUCAACCUAGCUAUACAUGGUAAGUACUCAACAUGCGGUUUAGCCGUGAACCAUAAAAACAGCAGCAGCAGCAAUAGCAUUGUAAGUGUGAUUCUCUUUUGUAUGAGAUCAAUUCCCAGAUAUCCCCGCCCAAUUAGUUUUAAACGGCAAGAGCUGACUACUUAAUAAUUUCUAGAAAACCAACCUUACCCAUCAUUAGUCGGUAAGUGUGCGAAACUUCAAGUUUUCCACUAAGCAAUUGCUCUUAUUUUUUAGAAUUUAGCUUUCUAUUUAGCGAAAAGUUUACAGUUCAGGUUCAUUGUGCAUUGUACAGUUUCUUAGUUUAUACUUUGGCGUUUCGCAUUGGAAAUCAAGGAUAUACAAUUUUUUCUUCAAAUAACCCGCAUAUUUAUUAAUUUGUAAUAAAAUCACAAACAGUAUAAUAUAAUCAGCAAUAUAAAUGCGAGUAAACAAGUGGAUAUUGAGCCCUGUUGUGGUUAAUUGUUAAGUGGGAAGAAAUUUCUAACGGUAGCGGACUUAUACUAUAUGCGCACGAAUUUGAUUAAGUUAAACUCGCUUUCCAAUAUGUUUUAGCAGUAGUGUUUAAUGAUUAAAUAAACAUUAACGUUAAUGAGCUAGUGUUCA